AUGGGGCUCCAGGUAUCAGAUUAUUAUUUUUUUUUUCUUUUCCAGAAGAUCAUCUCAGGUUUCUUUCGAUCUCUGCGGUGCCAAUGAUGCUCUGGAUCACGGCCGCUGAAUCGACGCGAGCGUGAUUCGGCACUGGAUCUGAUGUCCGACUGUCGUGCGUGCUCUUUGGAGAUUUUUGCGAGUCUCCGGACAUCGUGUGUUCGUUCGUGUUUUCCCGAUCGGAACUUAUUGAUCUGCAUUCGGAAAUGAUGGACGACCGAUGUAAGUCUCGGUUUCUCGAGUCUCUGGAUACACAAGAUCGGCGAAUCAGGUCGUUUUGCCCCGUGUGAUCGAUUUUUUUCUCUUGAUCUUGGGAUUCGAUGUGUAUCCGAACGAAGGAAUGGUUCCGCUGCUUGGGGCUUCUGCGUCUGCCUCGACUCGAUAUAUGAGUUGGUUCUUAUUCUUUUUUCACUGCCCCAGAAAAUUUCCGCUAUAUGAGAUUCGAUCCGUCCAGUGUGUGCUCAAGGCAUCCUUCCAUUUCAUGGAUGAUAUCGUUUACUUUAUAAGCGAUUGAUUCUUCUCAUGGCGGCCCAUGCGGGGUGUCAGUUCCUCGAAAUCGUAAGCUUAUAUUACGUAUCGUUUGCUUACUCUCCCACGCACCGUAGAAAAUCUCCCCAUCUUCCCUCCUAUGUCUCUUAUUUUCCGCGUAUACGUACGUCGACGCAUGUUUCUCACGUCAUAGAUGAAAAUGAUGAAGAUCUUCCCCUCGGAAGAGUAUCAUUUGUUGAUGAUUAUAUCAUCAAUCCACGGGAACCUUCUUUGUGUCUUCUCAUAAGCCCUCUUGGACCCUCUGGACCUUUGUCCAUUGCAGGAAGAGUUCGAGGAGUUCGCUGCCAAGGCUAAGACUCUCCCUGAGACUACCACAAACGAGAGCAAACUUAUCCUCUACGGUCUCUUCAAGCAGGCAACUGUUGGUCCCGUGAAUACUUGUAAUUACUCUUCCCCCUUCUUUUUCAGAAUCGUAUAUGAUCCAUCUCUGUCGCAUGCGCAUCGCAUUGACCUGACUUCUGCCUGUUUGAAUUGUCAUGGAAUAAAUCUCACAUGCACAUGCCCUUGGAUCCAUCUCACUUCAUUUUCUGAACCCACUAUCAAGAGACAUUCAUUUAUUUGUUGCCUGCUGGCAUCUCUGAGCAUUAAGUAUUGUGCAAGCCAUCGUCGGCUUGCUCUUCCCAAGACACAACGCGGUUCUGUCACGCCUUCUUCUUAGUCUGAAAAUGAUGCAUAAAUAAAUCGUUAUAUUUUAAAAAAACAUAUCAAUAGUUUUAUAUAUUUUGGUGUUUUGCCCAUAAUCAUUAUAUUAAUAUUUUAAUACAACCGAAAAAAAUAUCCAUUUUAUUUGUGUUAUAUCUCAGUGUAUGAAUAUGCUCUUAUCUGUCAAAUAUUAAAGAACAAUUGGUUUAUAAUUAUUAUCAUUUAAAAAAUUGACUCCAAUAUUUUAAAAUUUUAAUUAAAUAACAUAUUAAUUUCUUCCCUAAUUUCAUUGCCCUAUGCAUAAUAUGCAUUUUAUCUGGUCACCUCACUUUGGGAGAAGGAGAGGAGGCCCAUUGUGAGGGAGAGCCGGACCGGUUUGGGCCGGUUUGGGCCGGGCAUGUAUUUUCUCAGGGUACCAAUUUCUUGGCCCACAUCUGAAAAAAGCGGGGGGGGGGGGCUUGGGGAUGAAUGAUGAAUAAAUACUCCAUUUAAUUCGGCUUACGGAAUCUGCCACAAUUCAUUUAUUCUUUCAUAAUGGUUCCAACUUUCGAGGAGAAAGACAGAACCCUGGAAACAGAACUGCCAUCGUAAUCGCCUCUCGCUCUUUCGUUGGGUUCAAUCCUCUUUUUUUUAUUAUUUUUUACUUCUUCUUUUUUUUUCACUGAGAAAACGUCCCGGAUUCUGCUCAAGCUUUGUAUUCCUGCUGCAGCCCGCCCUGGCAUCUUCAACCAGAGGGACAGAGCCAAGUGGGACGCCUGGAAGGCUGUUGAAGGUCCGCUCUCUCGCUCUAUCUCUUUGACUGAGGGACCGUGUGAGUUGAUGAUAGCUCAGCUGACUGUGGGCACGGUCUGCAGGGAAAUCCAAGGAGGAAGCCAUGAACGACUACAUCACCAAGGUUAAGCAGCUCCUGGAGGAAGCUGCCGCCGCCGCCGCCUGA